UCUCAAUCGCCAGAACUUGAAGAGCAUGAGUGCCUAAUUGUCUGCUUCCUCUCUCAUGGGGAAGAAGGAGGUCUCCUCUACGCUAGAAACAAAACCUUUAUGGAAGAGGAACUAUGGCGUCCCUUCUACGGGGACGAAUGCAAGGCUCCGGUUGAUAAACCAAAGCUAUUCUUCAUUCAGGCAUGCCGAGGUGCACGUGUCGACGAUGGUGUGAAGAGUAAGUUGAACAGUGACUGCCUUAGCGGUGACGAACACGACGGACUCGCACAGAAUAAGGAAUAUCAUCUUCCCACCCAUGCCAACAUCCUCAUUGCCCACGCCGCCUACGAGGGUCAUGUUGCAUUCAGAAAUAGGCGCGUGGAAUCCUACUUCAUAUAUACAUUGUGUGAGGUCUUUGAGAAGCAUUCCGAGACUCUGGACGCGUUGAGGAUGCUCACCAUGGUCGCAGGAAUAAUGGCGGACGAUUUCAAGUCCAGAAGCAGUGAAAUAUCAUGGGAAGAGAAGAAACAGAUGCCGAUCAUUCAAAGCACGCUCACCAAAAUAGCCUACCUGAAACCGAAAUCAAAAUCA